CAAACCCCCACGAUCCGUUCAGGUGUGUCUUGAGCCAGACACGAUAUCUACGUUUUGCUGUGAGCUCCAUUCCGUUGUACGUCACAGCAGUCAUGAAGUUGGACACACGGGCAAUGCGCCAUUUGGCGUCAGAGGAUUGGCGGGUCUUGACGGCGGUCGAGAUGGGCAGCAAGAACCACGAAAUCGUACCGACACCACUAAUCGAGAGGAUCUCGCGCCUUAGAGGCGGCGCGAGCGGAGUACACAAGAGCAUAUCGGCACUCGCCAAGGUUGGUCUCAUCGCCCGAGUCAAAGAAGCCAAAUACGAUGGCUAUCGCCUGACGUACGGCGGCCUCGAUUAUCUCGCUUUGCACACCCAUGCACAGCGCAAAGACGUUUACAGUGUCGGAAACCGAAUUGGAGUUGGUAAGGAAAGCGACAUCAUGGUCGUUGCGGAUCACACGGGGACGCAGCGUGUGCUCAAGAUCCACCGCCUCGGCAGGAUAUCGUUCCGGUCGGUCAAGUCCAACCGCGACUACCUCAAGAACCGCGCGUCUGGAUCAUGGAUGUAUCUCUCAAGGCUAGCCGCCAUGAAAGAAUUUGCCUUCAUGAAGGCUCUGCACGAGGAGAGCUUUCCGGUCCCGGUUCCGAUUGCGCAAUCCCGACACACCAUCGUCAUGACGCUCAUCGACGCCUUUCCCCUACGCCAAAUCGCCACCGUGCCCAAUCCUGCAUCUUUGUACGCCGAUCUCAUCGCACUGAUAUUGCGAUUAGCUAGUCAUGGCCUCAUCCACGGUGACUUCAACGAGUUCAACAUUCUCAUCAAGGAGACGAAGACGACAUCGGAGGAUGGACAGGAGUCCAUCAGCCUCGAGCCCAUCGUCAUCGACUUCCCUCAGAUGGUAUCUAUGGAACACCAAAACGCAGAAAUGUAUUUUGACAGAGAUAUCAAUUGCAUCAAGAGGUUCUUUGAUCGCCGAUUUCACUUCACAAGUACGCAACCUGGACCAUUCUUCAAAGAUGCCAAAAAGACUGUUGGCAAGGGUGGACUGAAGAGACUUGAUGCCACCGUCGAAGCCUCGGGUUUCACGAAGAAGAUGCUCAAGGACUUGGAGGCUGCUAUCAAGGAGAAGGUUGCGAAAGAAGGAACUGACGUAGACUCCGGGGACGAAGUCGACAGUGAAGAGGACGAAGAUGACGAGGAACAAAGCGAUGGAGACGACGAGGGUCCCGUCGUCAUAGGAUCUACAACAGCGGGGGACGAUGAAGCUGCAGCAGAUGGACCCAGUCACUCGGUACAGGACGAGGCUGGCCCCGGUGCCACCAGCUCAGUACAAGAAGGCUUGUCAAAACUUGCAGUAUAGAGGCAGCGUCAAAAGUAUGAUACCCAUCAGCAGGAGCAAGUUCUCACUUGAAUUAGUGUGAAAUUCAC